GCCGUUGUCUCGAGAAGAGGAGACCCGGGUCAGUUAGACCGUCGCGUGCUCGUGAACGACAUAGAGUCAGGAAGACUCCUUGAUCCUUCCCUAACCACCACUGUUAAGUAUCGACGACUACGGUUGGACCCAGCGCGUAACAGCUUCACUGGAGAAACCGUUCCGCCGGGCAGAUUCUUAAGUCCGUCGACUCCGUUCAGUCUUAUUGGUUACGAGAUAUGGGGGAGGUCCAUCAGCGGGGCUGGGCUGGACAGGAAAUGUGGGGGUGGAAGAAACAAGUCUGGGGAAGAUGCAAAGAUAUUAUCUUUACGGAGGAGGUACAGUACAUGUAUAUAUGUAUGGACAUGA